UCUAUAUGAAUCAGAGGACUAGUUUUCUCAAACCAAGUAACAUAGUAACACAUUUCUCAUAUUUCUCUACCAAGAAACAAAGCUUCUUAAGGAAAAUAAAAAAUAAAUAUAAAAAAACCCUUGCAAUUAAGCACCUUUCGCUGCCAAGCUUGUUAGAUAUGUCUAGAGAUCCCUCUCCUUUCCCAAUACACUUGUUCUUCGUCCUUGUCAUAUUGUUCAUCCUCAAAAGCUUUUCAUGGUACAUCAACUAUGAGUACAUGUUUGAAGGUCUCUUUGAUCAUAUCAAACUUGUGUUCAUAGUAUCACCAUUGAUACUUCUGCUUGUUAUGCGUGUCCUCUCCAACUUUGGAACCGGGCCAUGGCGGUGGUCUCUUGAUAUGGCUGGUGGAACUCCGUGGCGUGUUGGUUUCAUCCUUGUGCUUCUCUUCUCUGUGAUCUCCUACCAAUCUUCCUAUCAAUCUUCCUUUCAAGAGACUUGGUCCCCUCUCCUAAUUAGUUUGGGACUCCAAAUCAUGAAUGCCAAACGAAGACUAAGCAGACGAUCGUCGUGAUUAUGAGAAUAACUAGAUUAUAUGAUACGUGAUCCUAUUUCAAUGCACUUUCAAUCAUAUAAUUAUAUGUUGAUGUAUAUAUAUUUCAAGAUUCUCAUCAUAUAAUAUUGUUAAAGGUAUAUUGAUAUAGAGAACGAUUUGGUGAUGGAGGUUUCAUCGUCAAAUUAUAUAUAUAUAUAUAUAUAUAUGAUAUAAUUGUUGUAUUUGCAAGGA